GUGCCCGGUGCGGAGGAUCAGACAGCCCUGUCCCUGGAGGAGUGCCUUAGGCUGCUGGAGGCCACCUUCCCUUUUGGGGAGAAUUCGGAGUUUCCAGCUGCGGAUGUCUCCACCCUGAGCGAAGCCGUGCCCGACGAGAGCAGGUCCGCGGGCAUCCAGACCAGCCUGCUGUCUCCGCUCCUCACCGAGACCGAGUCGCCCUUCGAUCUGGAGCAGCAGUGGCAGGACCUCAUGUCCAUCAUGGAAAUGCAGGUGAGCCGGAGGGGGGGUCGCGGGAAGGUGUUUGUCCCUCCGGGCGUGCAUCGCUGGUCCAUUGAAUUUUGCCUGGCUCCAAACACUCCCAUCAAUCAGAACGUCAGCCUGCAUCAGGCCUCUCUGGGUAGCUGCUCGCAGGACUUCUCCCUCUUCAGCUCGGAAAUCGAAAGCCCCUCCAUGGCUGGCAGCUCGGCCCUGCUCCAGCUGGCGCCGGACAACUCCACCGGCCUCAACACCACCUUCGGCUCCACCAACUUGAGCGGCAUCUUCUUCCCUCCGCAGUUGAACAGCACGGUCAACGAGACGGCCGGCCCCGAGCUGCCGGACCCACUGGGCGGUCUGCUAGACGAAGCCAUGCUUGAUGAGAUCAGUUUGAUGGACUUGGCGAUCGAAGAAGGUUUCAACCCGGUGCAGGCCUCACAGCUGGAAGAGGAGUUUGAUUCUGACUCGGGUCUUUCGCUGGAUUCCGGUCACAGUCCCGCUUCUCUGAGCAGCUCGGAAGCCUCUUCCUCCUCCUCUUCUUCCUCCUCGUCCUCUUCCUCCUCCUCGUUUUCUGAGGAAGGAGCUGUCGGCUACAGCUCAGACUCUGAAAACGUGGACUUUGAAGAAGCGGAAGGGGCGGUUGGAUACCAGCCAGAGUACAGCAAGUUCUGCCGCAUGAGCUACCAGGACCCGUCGCAGCUCCAUUACUUGCCUUACCUGGAGCACGUUGGCCACAACCACACCUACAACAUGGCGCCGGCGGCGCUGGAUCCCGAGGAGCCCAAACUGCCCAGCACCAUGAAGAAGAGCAGCAAGGAGAAACCGUCUGAAUUCCUGGAUAAGCAGAUGAGCAGGGACGAGCAUCGAGCCAGAGCCAUGAAGAUCCCCUUCACCAACGACAAGAUCAUCAACCUGCCCGUGGAGGAGUUUAACGAGCUCCUCUCCAAGUACCAGCUCAGCGAGGCGCAGCUGAGCCUGAUCCGAGACAUCAGGAGGCGAGGGAAGAACAAGAUGGCUGCCCAGAACUGCCGCAAGAGGAAACUGGACACCAUCCUCAACUUGGAACGGGACGUCGAGGACUUGCAACGGGACAAGUCCAAACUGCUCAGGGAGAAAGUGGAAUUUCUCAAAUCCAUCCGUCAGAUGAAGCAAAAGGUGCAGAACCUCUACCAGGAAGUGUUUGGCCGCCUGCGGGACGAGAACGGCCAGCCCUACUCCCCCAGCCAGUACGCCCUGCAGUACGCCAGCGACGGCAGCGUCAUUUUGAUACCUCGCGCCGUGGCUGACCAGCAGGCCCGGCGGCAGGAACGGAAACAGAAGGACCGGAGGAAGUGAGGGACGGCGACGUGGGAGGAGUGGGACACUCGUUCAAGUGAGAACUGGAGAAGGGCUGAGCCUGGAAGUACUUAGAGGAACUUUCAUGCCUUCUUAUCCGAUAUAUCUUCUCAAAAAAACGUGACUGCUGCCGGUCAGUGUGCGGGAGACUGCGGGACCUGCAGGCUGAGCUCUGAGGGCUCCCUGCGGGGAGGGACGGGGAGGAGCCGACCCUGCACUGCCGAGCCCGGCGCCUUCCACAACCUGGAAUCCUUUGAGCGCAGGAAACGAGCUGGCAUCACUGGUGGCGACAUUGGCAGAGGUGGAAAAACUACUGUUAGGAACUGGCUUUAAAUAAGGAAAGAGAUUUAAGCAAAUGAACUUUAAACAAGUUAUAGGAGAGACAUUUUUCUGAACUUCCAAAGUUCUGUGAUUUCAGGUAGUUGGUU